CCCAUCAGCUGCUGAAGCAGUAACCCCGCCUCAGCUAGGAAGACAGCAGCAUCAACAUAGGGGCUGUGGUUAGCUUACCAAGAGAGACAGUGAACAGCCAAACAUUCUUUUUUCAGACACACAGAAGGAGCAGUAAUAAUACAGAUUUGCAGUAGAAAUAAGAACAGAGCGUGGGUCAGGGCAGAGGAGAACACGACAGAAAGUAUCUGUUGGAGACAGUUCUGCUGCUCCCUGCAGCACAUCCCCACCACUCCUUGUGCAAGGAUCCAAGAUGAUUGCUUUGUUCAACAAGCUCCUGGAUUGGUUCAAGUCCCUGUUCUGGAAAGAAGAGAUGGAACUGACUCUGGUAGGCCUGCAGUACUCGGGCAAAACCACCUUUGUGAAUGUGAUUGCAUCUGGACAGUUCAAUGAAGACAUGAUUCCCACAGUCGGCUUCAACAUGAGGAAGAUCACCAAGGGGAAUGUGACAAUUAAGCUGUGGGACAUUGGAGGCCAACCUCGCUUUCGUACCAUGUGGGAGCGGUACUGCCGUGGGGUCAGUGCAAUUGUAUACAUGGUUGAUGCUGCAGACCAGGAGAAGAUUGAAGCCUCCAAAAAUGAACUCCACAACUUAUUAGACAAACAGCAGUUGGCGGGAAUUCCUGUUCUAGUCCUUGGUAACAAAAGAGACAUAAUGGGAGCUUUGGAUGAAAAAGAACUCAUUGAAAGAAUGAAUCUUUCAGCUAUCCAGGACAGAGAAAUCUGCUGCUAUUCCAUUUCCUGCAAGGAACAGGACAACAUUGAUAUUACUCUACAGUGGCUUAUCCAGCAUUCCAAGUCUCGGAAAAGCUGAAACCAGUGGGCUUCUGGAGGUCGCGUGUGCAAGUUGAGUUGGGGUGACCUGCUCCAGCACUCCUCAGUGUCCCUGUACCCCUUCCUUUUUCUUUCCCUUACCUCUCCCUUCUUCAUUCCAACUUCAGAGCCACCUUUCUUCCUCUCAUUUUACCAACCUCAUUCCUUCUCAGAAGUUGAACUUCUCUUUUUACUUGUAAGACACAAUGUACUAUGUUUUUCCUUUUUUGCACUGUUUCAGUGUGGUCUUUAUUUAACAGAAAUGAAAUGGAAAUGAUUAUGCUAUGCUAAUUAAGUUAACGAAGCAAAGUGUAUUGCCAGUUGUAACCAAUCCUGCCGCCUUGUGAAAGCGGAUUUCUUUUGAUAUUUUGGGUGCCAGUAGCUGCACAUUAAAGGACACAUACAGUACCCUGCCCAGUCCACUGAGGUAGACCCUUGUGAGUGGGGGGAAGGGACUUGCUUUGAUAAUUGUGAUAUUAAGGUAACAUUUUGCACUGCAGUUUUUGUCACCUUUCAGGUCUCGAGGGGGGGGGAUAAUAACUUUGCAGAAGGAUGAAAGAUUUGAUUAAUCUCUGGAAUAGCUGUAACUUUGCUUCACAUUUCCCACUUAACACUUUGAAUGCUGAUGAGGCAAUGAAUGUAAGUCAUGCUACAUCAGCCUUUCUAAACUGCAGUGAUGCUGUUACUGACUUCAGAACCACACACUUUGUCAGGCAUAGUGGCACUAUAAUGCCAUAAUUAGAAAACUCUCUUAAACACUGAAUGGGGGUGGGGGGGCUUCAAACAGCCCAUUUCUUAGAGCACAGGUACUACACAGGCAUAGUCCUAUGUUAAUUUUGCAGACUAUAGCUGAACCGCAAGGUUUUAUUUACACUGUAGUCUUGCUUUCACCUGUUUAUUACUGGACUGAGGACUGAUACAGAGGGAAGUGUAAGAAAAUGCUCAGGGCUACAUGAUAACCCACUGAUAACCAAAAUGAAACCCAAGACUUUCAGUUCCUAAAUAAGACCGCACUGCCUCUUGUCAAGAUGCACUUGUGACCCUUUAAAGAACAGCAGUGAAGUAUCUCUUUUACAGCAUGUGACCCUCCACUUGGACAUUUUUAAGGUGUGGAUAAAUGGGCAAAUCAGGGUACAGGGCAGUUUUUAAGGUACUUUAGUAUUAUUUAAUGUGUAGUUGGUAUAGUUUCUGUUUGUAUAAUAUUUUGUGUAUAAUGAAUGUGGAGAUAGGAAAUUCUUUUUCUUAAAUAUGUAUAUAUUGUGGGAGCUGGUGCAGGGCUAAGAGCAUGAAAAAGCCAGAACUUUCUGUAUGAGACCAUUGCUGAGUUAUGCAUUUCAGCCUUUGUGGUGUAUUCAGCAGACUUUUCAUCACUUGGGCUUCUUUCCUGAUGUGGAUACAGCAAUCUGUGGCAUUGAACAACAUAUGUAGAAGUGCCCCCUGCCUAUCUACCUUUUAACUUAUGGAACUUUGUUUUUCAAACUGUCUUCAAAUGCUUCUUUAUAUGCCAAACAGAUAAUCCUGCAGACUUAGCCAAGGCUCAGCUCUCUGGUGUUGGAUCAGCCAAAGAGGAACAGAUGCCAAGAGCACCAGCAACUUUGUGUAAUGUUUUUUGUGAUUUAUCUGAUAGUACUGAGAUGGAUAGUAGGGAAUUAGUUAAAAUUGUCACUUUCCCACUCAUGUUUUCUUACUAUUUCUUCUUUUGCAAUGAAGGCUGAAUUCACUACAUUGAUGGCAUAUUUCUUAACGUUUAUUUUUUUGAGAAGUGUGGACCUUUUCACCAUUUGGUUUUGUAUGGGAGUAUUUCAGACACACUACAUUAAGGUCCACAUUAUGGGUCCUGGAAGGGAAUGGGAGAGAAUGAUGCUUCAGUUUCAUGGCUAUGAGGGUGAAGUCAGAUUGUAGUGUCUUAGAGUGAAAGAAGUUGUUCAACUGGAGUCACUGUGCCACCAUUGUGACAUACGGAUAUCACAUAUCAGAUUUCUGCCUUUUACUUGUCAGGCUGUUAGCCCAUAGACAUUGUACACAACCUGGUUUUGACAGAUGAAUGGAAUAUCGGGUCCAUGACUGAAGUGAUCUGGACUGCACCUCUCCACUGCAUUCAUCAGGGAGUGCAGCACACUGCACCGCUAGGCUCUACACGUUUGUGUGCUAGAAAAAUGAACACUAACUGUGCUAUUCGGUGCUGGGCACAUGGUGUCUGAAUGAAGCUUUUUGCUGGAUGCAGAAUAUAGUUACCACUCGGUUUGUUACAACAGGGAAUGUGGAAAUUAAUAAGGACCCCCUUCAAAUUGCAUUUAGUACAGUGAGGUAUAUUAGAAACACCUUUUUGUAUCAUUGUUUUUGCUGCUUUUCUGGGUGACUGUAGUCCAUUUUUCAUAGUCUUAAGUUCAGAACAUGGGCAAGUUGUGGUAGUUUGCCACUGCUCAGCCUUGUAAUUUGCUGCGGUGCGCUUUCAUAUGGUGUGCCGUAAGUUUUCUUCCUGUAUGGAAGAGACUUUUGUGUCUGUGGAUUUCACCUGGCAGCUAAUCGAGCUUCAUUCUUCUGCAGAGGCCCACCUUCUACACUCAGCCAACUCUGUUUCCUUCUUGUGUUUGCACAGUUAUGUCACAGGUUACAUGCCUGACUGAGUAUACCUGCUGCACAUUUUAUGCUUGUCAGCAUUUGGUUAGACACUACUUUUUUGGCUGCACCAUCAGCGGUCUCAUUUGUCUCCCAAGAAUAAAGAGCUUGACAUCAGCCAUUCAUUCCUUCCUAAUGUGUGGAGGACCCUUCGCAACUCAGGCUUUUCCCAAACAUAAAUUGCCAGUGGUAUGCUAUGCAGACUUUCCUUUUCAGAGCCGACAGGUUUUUGUGAAUAGGAUAAAGCUGAUCAGUGGUUUGUCAAGAGCACCGUCAGAUUAAUUUGCUUCCUCAAAGUCACAUGCAGUAUAAAGGAAGGCUUAGGAAUUGUAUAAAUGUUUGCCAGCAUGUAAAAUGGUUACAGAUAGUUGUACUCAUUCACUGGGAUGUUACUUGGUGAAGAGUCAUCUCCCUCUCCUAAGGUCCUUUAUCAGAAAGUUGUUGGUUAUUAAAUUUGGCAGUUUAUAUACAUGAGACUGAAUGAUAAUGAUGGAUUUCACUAAUCUUCCAUCGUUUUUGUCUUCAUAAUGCUUUUGGUAAACAGUACAUACUUGGCUUUUCAGAAUCUUGUACUAAAUUGCACCUAAAAUAGCAGAUAAAUAGUUAUAGUCUGCAGAGUCCUGGGUCCUACUGCACACUAUAGUGCAACACUGCAGUGCUUGCAGAAUGACAGGGCUCAACUGUACACUGUAGUUAUACACUGCAUUGUCUGCAGACUGUCAUGAGCACACUGCUCAUUGUACUACAUCACUGCAGUGUUUGCAGAGUGACAUGGAAUAGCUGUACACACUGUUGUAAGGAUCGCAGUGAUGGAGUUUUAACAAAGAAAACGGUCUUAUCAAAUGUAAUUUCCUCAGUCUUAUUUCCCUAAAUUGAACAGUCUCAGAUUAUUUUUAACUGUUUUGUUAUACUGUAAGAUUGCAGUGUAAAUCAGUACUUUUUUCACUGCUGCAGCAUUUUGCUCUUUUUCCCCAUAGAUGUAUAACCAUGGCUAGGUUAGGGAGUGCAGAAAAACAUUGUUUUUGGACUUUGACCCACAGAUCUGAAGCAGUUUAAAUAACUGAGAAUACAAGUCAGUAGGUUGUACACUGAGUUCUCUUAGGGAAUCCCUGUAAGGUCUGCAUAGUUCCACUGCCCAUGCCUGACAAGCCCAAUGCACACUGUACUACAGUACUGCACUGCACAUAGGGUGGUGAGAUCCCACUGUAGUGUCUGCAGUACAUUUCACUGCCUGCACACUGCAGUACCUGUACAGUGGUGGGCAUCAAUGUACAGCUCUGGUACAAUGGUUAAGAGAAACAGCUUAACUGUAUGGUGGUGGCUGUUCAGAAAGACAUGUUGGUCAGGGUAUUUGAUUGUUUUUGACCAGCCUGACAACACUGAAUAAAUCCUUAAAGGAUUAUUGGUUUGGCAUCCAGAUGGGCUAGUUAUUGACCUAAGUAACUGCCAGUUAUCAAACUGAUCUGUCCCAGUCCAGUACUCAUUGGUUGUGCCCCAAUACCAUUGUUGUUGUUAUUGAUUCAUUAUCAUUGGUACAGAAGUGAAGGUGGCUGAUUCCUAUGCACUGUGAAAGGUAAUCAUUCUGCAUUUUGGCUUCCCAUUGCAUGAAUGUGGAAUCAAGCUUUAUACAGAACAGACCCCCCCCCCUUUAUAUUUGGUACUUUUGUACACAUUCUAGAAGGUCAGUACAGCAGACCAUUUAACUGGAGAUAGGGGGUGUCCAGCCUGCAAAUUCAAAAUGUGGCUUUCAUUUCCCAAAAGUGGCUGCAGGUUGUGAUGCAAAGAGGUUGAAUAUCUCAGGUCUUUACACGUAUCCCAAAGAAAUUGGCACUGCUUGGUACAAGGCCUUGCAAUUUUAACACAAAGGUCAGCACAAGCUAUGCUUUGGUAUGCUGGGUAUACAAAGAGGUUCUGAGAGUUAGGUGAAAAACUGCAAAGCUGUUUGUCAUUCUUCCACUGUGUGCAUGUAUAUAUGUAUGUGACUGGUAAUAUAACCACUUCCUGGAUGUUAAAGAUCUUUUUUAAGUAUUUUAUGAAAAUUACUCUCUGCCCCAUCCAUUAUGUUCCUUAUAAAAUUAUCACCCCCCCCCCCCGUAUGGAAGUAAUUUCACUGCAGUAACACAGGGUUUUGGACACACUGGUGCCACUGGUGAUGUACCACACUGACAUCACUAGUUAGGCAGUCUCUUACUUAACAAGUAGCACCUUUAUAGGCUCUUUUUGUGAAAUCUCCACAUAUCCCUGUUCUUUCCUUCAUCUCACUGUUACUACACAGGAAAGUAACACGAAUGUGCACUGGUUCAACCAGUCCACCCUUUGUUCUGCAUGCACAGUGACCAGUCCCAUUGUGUUUUUAUUGGAGGAUUCCAAGAAUGAGCAGUCAGGGACCGGUGAUGCAGUAAUGGCAUAAAAGCACAGUACUUCAUCUUCUCAUGAAUAGGUGUUAGUCCUUUUACUAAAAGUGGGGGUACUCAUCCACAGCUGAAGCCACACGAUUGUAUGCAGUGCCAUCUGAGCUGCCGUGAGAUAAAGGUACAGCUAAUAAGGUUCACAGUGCCAACUCUGGACAUUUAGAUGUUGGAUAGGUUCAGGGAUGCCAGUGCCAUUUGUUCACUACACUUCACUUGCAGUUAUAAACACUUCAUCCCACGCUUGUGUACACUGUUGUAUUAUGCCGGCGGAUUGAUUGAGAUAAACUCAUCUGAAAUUUCUUACAGUCAGUAAAUAUUAUGUACUCUCCCUUAAGACAGUGUAUAAUGCAAUGGAAGUAAAUGCUAAACAGCAUUUGUAGUGUUCGAAGUACACAGUGUAGCUGCAGUGUGUUCCUGGUUAUGUGCUGCUAUUCCCCUUUAUUUUUGUUUUGUAACUAUAACUGCAGCCUAUUCAGCAUUUUAGAUGCUGGACAUCUAAUGAGGACGUUGUCUACACACACAGACACACACACACACACACACACACACACACACACACACACACACACACACACACACACACAAAUGAAUGCUGCAAUAUGAUUGGCUGGUAGGAGUUGUCUAACUGCUCUUUCCACAAACUCAAGACAUCUAGGAUACACAGUUGUACUCAAGGCAAGAUACUAAUUGUCUCUGCAUGGGAAAAUGAGUACCAUAGUUGAGCUGUAUUGUCCAAACAGCAACAUCUUCAAACAUUAACACCCAUCUAGGUUCUUGAUGGCAUAAAAUACAACAGAGAAACAUAUGGUAUAGGUGUUUUUAAUUAAGAGUGUUCAUCUGUAGUGGCAGCAUUGCAUCAAAUGGGAAUGAUUACAGCUAUAAAUUGCAGCAAAUGGGAAAUAUUCCAUCAUAUUUUUUUAAACAAAGGUUUACAAAUGUACAUACAGGCAUCAUCUAUACCACAAGUUUAUAAAUUCAGUACUGUAUCAAAUCAGAAUGUUUGUGGUCUUCAUUAAUAUUGACUUGGAUUAAUGAUACAGUUACAUCAUUUUGUUGUGUAAUGUGUGUUACAAAAGUAUCCAGUUAGAAUAAGGCACUGUUUUGCAUAAGUGGAGGCGUAGUAGAUUUGUCAAGUCAUGUGGACAUCCGCAGCCAAGGUUCAAAGAUUGAUUUAAACCACGAAGGUAAAGUUUUACAUUAUUCUUCAGUGAGAAACAGAAGUAGAGAAUAGGAACCAUCUGCAAAAAACAUGCACAGUACUGCUAUGUUGUGGUGAAAAGUUCUGAAAAAACGACUGUAGACCAACAUGCAUUCCAUUUAGUUCAUGCUUUUUGUAUUCUGAAAACUGGGACAAUGCUGGCAUUAUUACCGUUUUCUGUGGGUGACUGAAAGAGAUCAAGUCUGCUGGCUGCAAAACAAACUGUUUCUCAUGCAUUCAUACAGCACCCUGAUUUAACCAGAGGUUUCAGAUGGAUCUGCUGGCUGUUCUCCAGGGCAUUUGAGACUCACGCCACCCACUUCAAACUGCGGGUUUGAAUGUAGCACCUUGUACACUUUGUUGUUAUUGCCUUUUUCAGUUGCACAUGACAGAAUGUAACACAUUUAAUUUUGUUUUUGUGUUGUAUCUUUUUUUAAACUAAACUUGUAAAGUAA